AGCUAAGAACAAGCAUCAGCUUUCUCUCUCUCUCUCUAAAAAACAGCCGUUGCAGAGCUUCUAUGGAGACCAGGAUAAUCAAAGCUAAGCAAGAGGGAAUGAACUGAAGAAGAAUUGCUCUCCAGAAUCUCUCAAAUUCUUUGAACUGCCGUUGAUUAUCUUGUGUGUGUGUGUGUCUCUCUCUCUCUCUCUCUCUGGUACGUUCUAAUAUCUAUCUCUUUGUCUCUGAUCAUGUUGAGAGAGAAAGAUCUUUCAUCUGAUGGUGUCUGUGGCUGUGAAAGCUCUCAGACCAUGGUCACACAUCACAUUUCUGAGCAAAAUCUGGAGAACCCAGAUGAUAAAAUCGGAUUUCCUGAAAAGGGUAUUGAUUUUCUGAGAAAAUCAGACAUGGGUUGUGAUGGGUUUCAGUCAAAACCCUCAAAAACAGGGAAUUCUGGCUCUCAAGAGCUGACCCUAAGCUAUCUCUGUGAUAAUUCCAAGAUGGCUUUUCCCGAGAAAGAGAUUCCCGGGAAAAAUUUACUGAAUUCUUUAGAGAAAGUGAGUUACAAAGGAAAAGAAAUAGUUUGCGAGGAUCAAAUUCAAGAGAAUAAUAGAUGGGUAGAGAGAGAUUUUCUUCAGUUGGAUGAGGCUAAAGGGAAUUCAUCAUCCAACAGAGAGGCUGAUGAUGAAGAUAUUGAGAGAGAGAAGAGAGACAAGAAGCCUAAGCUAGAGACUCUCAAUCUGUCUCUAGCUUUGCCUGAUGUGUCUCUCUCUCUAGCCGCAUCGAAUCCGGUGCCAAAUGCUGAUCUUCCGGCUAGGCUUUGGCCUAGCCGAAGUGUACAGUCAUUGGAACCGUCAAAUAACAAUACCCAAACAACGUACUCUAAUGAUUUUACUGCUGCUUCGUUGUCGUAUUCGUAUUCGCACCAGUUUUCGCACAAUCCCAGUUGCUCGCUCACCCGGAAUUCUACUGAGAAUUAUGAGUAUUCUGUGGGGACUGGGAGUCAUAGGAGAGACUGUGAGAUUUGGAAUGGUGGGGAGGGGACUAAUGGUUCGGUUCAUAGUCGAUUUAGGCCAAUUGGAGAUGGGGUUGCAUUGUCCAAUCAUGGUGGUGGAGCGUUUUCGUUGAUGCAAGCUAAUCGUGCUGUCAAUAAGGAUUCAUGUAACAAUAGUCUUUACCAUACAACAAGUUCUGAUAAUCAUUCAUUUUUUCCUUCCGAGCUGCCUGCAAUGCUUAGGAUGGACACUCAAUCGGGUGAUUCAAGAGGAAGAGGUUCGGAGCACGUGAGAGGGGUGGAGAAUUUGGAUGGUGGAAGGGCCUCUAAGCUGUCUAGACCUGAAAGGAUUCUUCGUGAAAUUAUAUCCGAGUCUAUCCCUUUCAUGUCUCAAAUAAUUCAAGAACUUCCCGAUGAAACAGUUGAGUCAACGAAGGAAUACUUGAAGAAUCUCAUUUCAAUGCCUGAGAAAAGAGAGGAAUUAGUGAGCCUCCAGGAUCGGCUCGAGAGAAGAUCUGAUCUAACCAAAGAGACACUUUCCAAGUCCUACAAAACCCAAUUGGAAAUCUUGGUUGCUAUCAAAAUGGGCCUUGGAGCCUUCUUAUCGAGCAAAAUUUGCAUUCCCACAACAGAGCUGGUGGAAAUUUUCUUACUUGAAAGAUGUCGAAAUGUGAAUUGCAAGAGGAUGUUGCCCGUUGAGGACUGUGACUGCAAGAUAUGCUCAACAAAGAAAGGGUUUUGUAGCGAGUGUAUGUGUCCGGUCUGUUUGAACUUCGAUUGUGCAAGCAACACUUGCAGUUGGGUUGGCUGUGAUGUUUGUGCUCAUUGGUGCCACGCUGCAUGUGGAAUCCAAAAGAAUCUCAUCAAGCCAGGUCCCAGCUUGAAGGGGCCGUCAGGGACGAGUGAGAUGCAAUUUCACUGCCUUGGUUGUGGUCACGCUUCGGAGAUGUUUGGGUUUGUGAAAGAUGUGUUUAUGUCCUGUGCAAAGGAUUGGGGUCUAGAAACCCUAUUGAAGGAGCUUGAUUGUGUGGGGAAAAUCUUUCGGGGAAGUGAAGAUUUCAAAGGCAAGGAGCUGCAUAUUAAGGCCGACGAAAUGCUCUCCAAGCUUGAAAAUAAACUGAUGUCGCCUUCGGAUGUCUGCAAUUUCAUCCUUCAGUUUUUCAACUACACAGAUGGCAUGUCAGACUUCACCUCUUCGAGUGUGCCUCCAAAAGAAUUGCUGGCAAACCAAACUAACCCUAGGAAUGAUGCAGCCCCUCUUCGUACACCCAAGUCACUGCCUCCAAAGUCUUGUUUCUACAACAUGAACUCGUUGCAGCAUGAUCUACAUCAGAGUGAUCUGAACACUACCCCCAUGGGAGACAAAAUGAUCAAAGAUGAGUGGUCCGUGAAGUCAUCCUCAUCGAAGAAAGAUGGGUAUGACAGCUUGGAAAGCAUUGUGCGGAUUAAGGAAGUUGAAUCUAGAAUGUUCCAAAACCGAGCAGAUGAAGCGAGGAGAGAAGCAGAGAAUUACAGGCGGAUGGUGCGGAUGAAGAAUGAGAAAUUGGAAGAGGAGUAUGCCGAGAAGCUUGCCAAACUGUGUUUGCAGGAAACCAAGGAAAGGAUGAGGAAAAAACAGGAGGAGGUUAAGAUGUUGGAAAAUUCACAUUUCGAUUACUACAAGAUGAAGAUGAGAAUGCAAACUGAGAUUGCAGGAUUGUUGGAGAGAAUGGAAGCAACAAAGCAACAGUGGGUAUAACUUUUUUUCUACCUUCGAGUAUGUUAUUACCUAGUUUUCGGUUUUGCAUUUUGAAUUCUGGUUGUUUCUUCAAAUGGAAAUUGGAAGAUUGUUUCUGUUGUAAAAUAGGUUUUUUUUCUUUUUUUAAAAAAAAUCCUCCACCUUCUGUAGUCUGAUGUGGAAAUUGAUGUUUGAUUGAAGAUGUCUGAAACUCAGCAAUGAGGAAAAAGAGCUGAUAUGAGAAACUAUUGAAAUAUUGCUCUACAUAAUUUGUAGCAUUUGUGUUUUUGUUGUUUCAUAAUGUAUUUUGAAGUGCAUAAAACUAUGUACCCAGAA